UCGAGUUGGGGAUAGCUUCAGCUUGAGAUGUGUCGCGGUGAGAGUUGGCUGAGCAUCACUGCCUCUACUAGUUCAACAGACACCGACCCCUCCCGAGCACCUAAACCACCGGGACGCACCUUGACCGCGUAAGAAGAGGAGACUGAGCACAUGAACCUUCCCACCUCCGGCACCUGAACCACUGUAACACACUUUGAGGAUACGCGACUUGUAUUUUCUCGAGUUCUGUGAUGAGUGAAUGGUGCAAAGUGGCGACGGUGGUGUUAGUGGCAGUGGUGGCGAAGGUGGUGGCUGCAGGCGUGAGGCGGUAAUCCCUCCUUCAGGUGUUUGUGUUCAGCCUGUCAUCUGUCGCCCUUCAGUGUGGCAGCCUCUUCUUCAGGAACGCCGAGGAAGACUAGAGGUGCUCGGCGGUGAUGGCUUGCAGGACAGACAUACGCUGCGUCAUCAUUCUCUGCUGCGUCCUGUUGUUCUGCUGUCCCCCCCGCCACAGCCUCCACACAGACAAAACGUCCGGGACCUGCCAUUUCGGUCCCUCAGACCACAUCCUCCGGGAGACGCUGCAGGCGGAGGAUCACAAGUAUGAUGUGAAACUCCUGCCGGCGGAUCGUCAAGUGUCUGCCUUUGUGGAGCAUGAGCAGACCAAGAGGUUGGUGUUCCCCCUGGUGGAGGGCGGCCCUAUCACCAUCACCAUCACCCCCUGUGACUUCCCCCUGUCCUGGACGCUGGAGUUGCGCCCCCACCAGGACGAAGAACUGUACGAAGGUGGGAGUAAGAAGAUACGAGCUGUGUUGAGCGCUGUGGGUGGGCGCGGCGCCUCCCACCCACGCCGCCACCACUACUCCACCAACACAAUAACAAAUGUCUCCCGUAACUCUACCAAGCCGGUGCGUCACGAGAGGCGAAACGAGUCUUCUGUUUUCACUGCCUGGCAGCAGCAGGCGGCCACGGCAGCGGGUCUUCCCUAUGACACCACCACCGCGUCGGGGAGGGAGCAUGCAGGCGCUGGGAGCAGAGAGAUGGAGGAGCAGCAGGAAGUGGAGGCACUGCAGCAGGCGGCGGGCGUUCAGGAGGGCGUGGUGGUGCAGUACGAGGGGCACGAGCCACAGCAGUUCAGCAGGGAGCAGGCCCCGCCAGGCCUGUACGUAGUACAGCUGCACGCCGGCCGGGGACCCACGCACGUCCACAUCCUCGUUACCUGCCACUGGACGCCGCCGCCCACUGCAGCCCGCGUCACUGCCACGCCCACUUCCAGGGGCAAGGCAGUCACCCUUCGCUGGGCAGGCAGCAGGAACGUGGGCGGGUACUGCCUGGCGGUGAGCGAGGGCCGUCCCUUCCCGUCACUGUGUGCUGCCCGCGCCGCACUCUCCCAUUCUCCCAAUAAGUGGCCUCGGGCCAUCCUGGGCUGCACAGACAACCCCUGGUACGAGUUGCCCCACGCCCCACGCCGGGCGCUGCACGUGGCAGUGUGGGAGGCGGGGAACGGCGGGCCGCCCCUGGGUACUGGUCUGGUGCCAGCCAAACGUACCAGAAGAAUACCCCGCCUAAGGCCCGGCGCCCUGAUGAAGCUGGUGCCCUCCACGGCAGGCACGGCGGUGGCAAAGUUUCGUGUACGUAAAAGAGGCAAACGGCUGCACGUGAUCGCCGUGGCGUGCGGGGCCAAGCUGCGCCUCAAAGUGAUGGCGGCGUGCGGAGAGCGUCUGGCCACCGCUGAGGGCAACUUAGGCGCCCUCCACUUAGUAGUGAAAAAGCGGGAAGCACCACCCAAGGUGCUCAUCAUGCGCCUAGUCACCAAGCCGCCAGGGGCAGCCAGUGAGGUGCUCCUGACGGCCUCCUACGCCGCCCACUCACUCUCCCUGCCCCGUUUGCCCCGCAACGCCCGAGUCAGGGCCAAGAACAUCACCUGCACCUCCGUCACCCUGAGGUGGUCAGCGGCGCGGGGUUCCCAUGCCUACUGUGUGCUGGUAAAGGAGGACAAGAGCGGCAAGGUGUGGCGGACGCGACCCCCGCGUCAGUGUGGGUGGGAGGCGGCACUCAAACAAACCCACUUCGCCAUCAAGUGGUGCAGCGCACCCACCACCACCGGCCGCCAGGAGAAGACCCUGCACACCCUCGCCCCCGCCACCACCUACAUCGCCACCGUGCUCUCCCGCCACCCCGGCAAUGGCCGCGCCCUCUCCUUCUCACCCAUCCGCUUCACCACAUCCUCCCUGUGCUUCCCCACCACCACUGUCGCCACCAUCACUUAGAGCCGCUCCCCUCAUCAUCACCCUCACUGAUCGUAUCUCCCCUGACAUCAGUCCGUCACCGCCUCCUCAUCGCAGUUCACUCUCAUUCACUCACUGCCGUGACAGACACUCACACACUCAUGACAGCAGCGUCACUCACACCCUCAGACCUUCACAGGCCGUCCUGUCACUCCUAUCACGUAAUCAUAGUCAAGAGUUGAAAUAAAUAUAUAUUUUCGCA